AGAUGAACUCAAGAUCACACAGCCAACCAAUCAUCCAGCAAUAAUCGAUACGAGAUGGCUCAGCAACUCGGCGGUCGCGGGUUGACCACAGUCGAGCUCCCGCUUCUCAAGCUAUCGAUGCCAAAAAAUGCAGCUCUCAAACAUACCGUACAAACGAAAGACCUCGAAUGGACACACUACGUUGAUACCCCUGCGAAUCGGCUGUUCCUGCGGAUCGAGACGAUCAGACCAUACCAAGAACAAGACGACGAUCAAAGCCAGGCGUUAGGAUCUAGUACAAGGAACAAGGAUAUGUGCAAGAUCUCGAUCUGGAGUGGUUCGAGCCGAUAUUACCUCAUUGACAUCCUAGAGUAUGCCAGACGAUGGGAUCAUUCCAAAUCCAAGAGACCGAUUCUCUCUUACAAGUUAUCGGUCAACGGACUUCUCGUCAAAGCUCUCGUCCCUCUAUCCCAACUCUCUCAUACGAAAGCCUCAGCCAAGAACGAAGAUGAUCACACUUACAGCCGUGUCCAAGUCCGCUGCAUCAACGAGACCGACGCGAGGAAGAUCGUUGACACGCUCCUGGAAUUCUGUCCUCAACUGGACGGAGGUCAGACCAAGGACAAACAACGACAGUUGACUCAAUCUAGCAUACGAUCGACGAGGGAUGAGGAGGAAAGUUUGGGAAGUGGAAUGCUUACGGAGUCGCAGAUGGGAGGAACGCUCGAUGUUGCGAGGUCUGAGUAUGGGUCAGCAAUGUCGGAGUACGGAGCGGAAUCCGUGAUGUAUUCGCCGAUGAUCGACAAUCAAGGUUUCAAGGUCCCGCCACCGCCUUCGCAAACCAGACCCCGACCUGCCUCUCACUAUCCCAUGUCAAAUCCUCGGUACCCGGAUCUCGAGAAUGAAUCUACCUACCUACCUGAUCGACAACCUGAAGCGAUGUACAGAACACCUACGAAGCAACGUGAGAUCAUCUUACCUCGCAAAGGCCUAUUCACGCGCGAUUCGAACAUUCAAAGUCAAACACAAACCCAGACACCAACGCAAACGCAAGCAUCAGGGUAUUCAUCUCGUCCUAUGACACCCGCCUUGUCGCUUCGAGGGGGUCCCGAGACUCACCGAUUCCAGAAUCAAUACAAGAACCAGGCUUUUCGGUUCGAUACCGUCCACGACCACAAUAGGGUGCUCGCGGGCGGUACCAUGGAUGUCGGAUCCCAAGAGAACCUCUACUCGUCCCCGCAAAAACAGAAACGAUCCUACGAGGAGACCGAGAUGGAAGCGCAUACCCAAGGAGGAGAAGCAGAAUCCUACACUCAACCGGAAACGUCUGGCCCGGCUCAAUGGCCGUUACACGCCAUUUCUAGUCCUCGAGCUCAUCAUACCAACUUGCACCCGCACGACUCGCCUUCAGCUAAACGGAGCAAGAGGGAUCAAUAUCAGUACCGACACGACGAUAUGGAUAUGGAUAUAGGAAUGAGAAUGCACAUGGAUAAACAGCUCGUUCACGACAAGCCGCUCAUCGAUCUUUAUGGACCGUCUAUCAGGACGAAGCGCCCGACCCCGCAACUCGAGCCUGAAGCUGAAGCUGAAUCCGAGCGUGCUCAGAUGCUACUUUCUCGCCCGACUUAUGCGAACGAAAAGGCGGUCUCCCAAAACGACGAUCGCGAGAGGGUUUUCACUGAAAUCCGAUCGAAAUCGGCCCUGUACUCGCUGGGAGAAGAAGAACUUGAAAGCAUAGUUGCGAGCGUGGUCUGUGAGGAGGGAUUCGCUGAUCUCGUCAAGAACAUGCAAAGCCUUUGGCAAGCCCGAAUCAAGAUGGACGUGGAGACCAAGGCUCGAAACUAAACGAGCAGGGACGACUCAGCAUAUGACGAGGAAGUGAAUGAACGAAGACUGGAUCAGGAGCAAUGCAAUGUCUGACUAAUCACUACAAGGU